AUGACAGAAGAAGUCCCAGCAGCAUCCACCAUGCCCGAGUGCAACGGGAGCGUAGCCCCGGAGAAGGGCCCACUGCAGGUCAUCGGCGUCAUCGAUGAAAUAGCAAAAUCUGAGGAAAAUAGAAAUUUGUUGGUGGAGGAAACAGUUCAUGGGGAUUUUGAUGGAGAGAAGCAAUGUGAAGCAAAGCGAGAGGAAAACAGUGGGAAGCUACAGCAGGGCUCAGCUGAUACCCAGGACACGGGGACCGACGGCCAGGAAUCAGUGGGAGGGCCGGGCAGCGAGGGGACGCCUGCGGGCAGCGGGCAGCCAGAGCCCGGGACGGCGGCCAGGCCCCGCGGGGGAGGGGGGGGUCCCCGGGCAGCCAGCGCCGACGGGAGCGGGAAUGCAGCCGAGGAGGAGGAUGCAGAGGAGGAGGAGGAGGACACCGAAGAGGAUGAAGUUCAGGUGAUCGAAAUCAAGAAGGAGAACGGCGAGGCGUCCCGCCUGGAGCAGCACGGCAGCGGCAAGGAGGCGUCCCCCCCCACCAGCCCCGGCUGCAACGCCCCGGCGGAGAAACCCGGGGAGCAGCCCAGCCUGGGGAAGAAAAAUGAUAUCUCCAGACACAGCUAUUCCAGAUACAACACAAUUUCCUACCGGAGGAUUAGAAAAGGAAACACCAAACAACGAAUCGAUGAAUUUGAAUCCAUGAUGCACUUAUAA